GUUUGUGUAGUAACAGACAAUGACGCCACAAUGAAAAAAGCUUGUGAGCUGCUUAAAAUCAUGCAUAUUCCCUGUUUUGCACAUACGAUAAAUUUAUUAGUGCAAGAUGUGCUAAAGCUGCCAUGCGUUUCCGAAAUUAUUGUGAAGUGCAAGCGCACAGUCGCUUUUUUAAAGCGAGCAAUAUAGCUUAUGCUAAAUUCAAGGAAGAGCAAGGCGUUAAUAAGCCGUACAGUUUGAUCCAGGAGGUUCCUACGCGUUGGAAUAGUGCUCUCUUUAUGAUGCAGCGUAUUUUGGAGACAAAUGAAGCAAUCUCGAGAGUUCUUUUGAAAACCCCAAAGUCUUUACCGCCGUUUACUGCAGACGAAAUAACACUCAUAAAGGAACUGGUUGAGAUACUUAAUCCAUUUCAGGAUGCAACCGUAUCCGUUUCUGCAGACACAAAAGUGACUAUAUCACUUAUCAUUCCAACAUGCUGUGAGCUGCGCAAACAAAUAUUUGAAAUGAACUCUUUCAUAUCUCCAGAGGCUAAACUAGUCGUCGACUACCUAAGGGUCCGAAUGGCAGAGAGAUUUUCACAGUACGAGGAGCGUACCGCGACAAGGCUUGCAACCAUUUUGGACCCACGGUUCAAAAAGGAUGGAUUCCUGCAGCCAUCAAAUGCUGAGCAGGCUAAAAAAGCCUUAGAGUUAGAAGUCUCCACAUUUUUGUCAAAAACAACACCACGUCCACAGCCAACACCACCACAGCCCAAACGCUUUUCCUUCAUGAGUCAAAAGCUGGAGGAUAAAGUAAAAUCAAAUAAAGCUGACGCCAUAAUUCUUUUGCGCCAAUAUUUUGAAACGGCGCAUGAAGCUGAAGAAGUCAAUCCACUUGACUAUUGGAAGGAGCAUACAAAGGAUACGACAGCUUUAGCAAUAUUAUCAAAGAAGUAUUUUUGCGUACCAGCGUCUUCCUGCGCUUCUGAACGAGCGUUCAGCAAAGCUGGACAAAUUGUAUCGGACAGGAGAUGCGCUUUAAAAUCGAAUAUAGUAGAUAAGCUACUUUUUCUCAACAAAAAUCAAAAACAAUGAUCUCUUAAUAAAUUUGUUAAGUUUUAA